AAAUAUGUCGGCCUCUGGGAAUCUCUUGGCCACCAAUAUUGUGGAUAUAUGAGAGGAGCACGUAAUUGUUUUGGGAAUAUACAUCCACUUCUGAACUUCCGUGUUGGUGCAGCGGCCUGCCUGCAGACAGAUGCUAGUUAUUUUAAAAGAAGUUAAGAAACCCAAGCAGCUUCCACCUCUAGCUAACAGCUAGUUAAGAUAGCUGCGUGUAGUAAAAUAACGACAGGCGUAUCGGACUCCGGCAAGCUAGCCAAACAUUUAACUGUAUUAGCUUGGCGCUGGGAUAACUUUAGCUAGCCACAACAGGAAGACUCGCACAGCUUGCUGGCACCGCUGAAUGAGCCGUAUGGAUCAUAAUGGAUGUAAGGAGUUGUCUCUGCUGAUUUUAAUCUCAAGAGGAAAUAACACGAGGGAGACUGGCACAUCCCAUUCACCGUUUUUGGACCCAGGACAAUUGUAAAACCCUUUACAGGUUCAGCAUCCUGACCAACCACUGGACUAGUUUCUCUUCUUUUGUGAUCCAGUGUGACCUUUGGAAGUUGAUAUUCAGUACUGCCACCUCUGUGUUUCAUCCAUACACACAAAGCGGCCCAAAUCAACAAUCAGAGAGGCUACUGAUCAGCACAGAUCCUGUUUUUGAGGUUGGAGAAGGAUUCUUAAAACCUGAAGAACCUCAAACGGCCCCAGGAAUCUUAUUUUCCACACAUAGAAGCCUCAAUUUUUCACAUUUUUGUUGAGGUCAUUGUUAGGACGUUGGCCUGGAGAGGCUGUAUCCGCCAAGGGAUUGUGGCGGGAGGGUGUUAUCCAAGCGUCAGUGCUCACCGCUGGGGAAGGAAGCAGAGGGAAGUCCCUGGAAGUCCCUGGAGAAGAGGGCAAAGCAGAAAACGGCCUGCAGCUUAAAGGCUGACGGUUACGUAACUAACAGGCGCGGCUGUCCACUAACACAGUGGAACGAGGAAACCAGUGGGGAAACUGACUUGUUCUAUGUUGCCAUUCCUGGCUGAUGUAUGAGAUAUCAUCAUCUAUUCACACCUAAUCCCCAGCGUUCCGAAUCAGCGCAGCAAUUUUAGGUUUUUCUCAAACAUUUCAGUUUCAUGGAUACUAAUGGAUGUUCUACUGGAUUUUCCUCCAAAUGUUUUGGAAAGAACCACGCCACUUCCUGUUUUUUGUCUUCCAAUCACAUCCCUGGAGCAGCUGGCAGGUGAGGUGGUUUGAACCAGCCACCGGCGGGGUUUAGGGAUGCCCCGACACAGGAAAACCAGGCUACUCCACUGGCCCGCUUACAGACUGCUGUUUCUAAUACGAGUCCUGGACUGAAAGCAAAUAGUCCCCAGGAGCAAGGGGUGGUCCCUUUUUAUUUACAAGACUUUUCACACAUUGCUGCAGCUGCCCAGACUGCUCAUCUCUGGGUGCGAAAACUUUAAAUAGAAGUGAAUGGGAAUUCCCAUAUGUUUUGCUAGCAGAGACGUAGCUACAGACACGCCGCUUUCCCAUUUUAGGUCUUGACCUGCACUUUUUCUAAGCUGAGAAAAAGUUGACAUCCCAGCCUUUUUUCUUUCAACUUUCCCCCCAAGCUUUUUAAUUUUCUUUCUGCCUCAUUUCAUUUCUUGCGCUCGCUUUUUUUUCCCCAUCAUGUAAGUCCAUCUCCUACCAAAACAGGCCUACCUCUGCCAACUCUUGUACCUCACUAAACUCCCAUUUUUAUAGACCAAUCAAAUCAAACUGGACGAGUUCGAGGACGUUCACGACAGGUUCAAAAGUUUAGCUGAGGUUUUCUGUCUGUUAGGAUUUUAUUAAAACACAAAAUCGCUUCACUUAAUUAUUUUUUAAUGUAAGGGUCCAAAUAUUUUUUUAAAUAUCUUAAUAAGAGCCAUUUUUUUAUUGCACUAUUAUCAUGUUUUUCACUAAGCCUUCAUUCACCAUGCAGAUGUCCGCUUUUUAGACUGAUUUGUACAAGCACACCUCUAAGAAUCAUUACUUUCUGUUGCUUAUGUUUGUAAUUAUUGUCACGUUGGGCAGAAGAGAGUCAAACUAGUUUUUACCUGUAAGCGAUAUCAGUCCGGAAACCUCCUCCUCUUUACAAUCAGUGGCUUAUUUGUUCAUCCUGCCCUCCCACCUGUUUUCUGGCUGACGGGAAAACAAGGCUUUUACAUCAGAGCGACUUGUAAGCUUCUUUUAAUCUCACAGACACACAGAGUAGAUCAGGAUUGACCUAAGAACCUAAAAAAACAAGCGAUCGCUCCUCCUCCCCGCUCUUGUUUUCCUCCUCAAUUAUCCCUCCACCCCUUUUUUUCAUCUGUCCUUUUACAUUUUUUUUUAUUUUGCCAAUCCAUAAUUGUUACCCACAAACUACAAAACCACUCAGCUCAACUCACCUAAAGGAACUCUGAAUGAUAACUUCUUCAGCAUAGUGGUUACUAAACGGACAAACACACAACUACUCAAAGGAAGUGAUGCCAGGUGGCAGCAGUAAGAGUGUAGGGCGGGGUCCGUCCUCGUCGCCCCUCCCCCACGCCGUGGUCCCGCCCAGCAGACCCCUGAGACCCUCCCGAUAUGUCCCGGUGUCGGCAGCCACUUUCUUCCUCGUUGGCUCCACCACGCUCUUCUUCUGCUUCACGUGUCCGUGGCUUUCAGAGCGUUUCUCGGUAGCGGUGCCAAUCUACAAUGGAGUCAUAUUCCUGUUUGUUUUGGCUAACUUCUGUAUGGCCACAUUCAUGGACCCCGGCAUCUUCCCGAGAGCUGAGGAGGACGAGGACAAGGAGGACGAUUUUCGUGCUCCCCUCUACAAGACUGUGGAGAUCAGAGGGAUCCAGGUCAGGAUGAAAUGGUGCUCAACCUGCCGCUUCUACAGGCCGCCACGGUGCUCCCACUGCUCCGUCUGCGACAACUGUGUUGAGGACUUCGACCACCACUGUCCCUGGGUGAACAACUGCAUCGGCAGGAGGAACUACCGCUACUUCUUCCUCUUCCUCCUGUCUCUGACGGCUCACAUCAUGGCCGUGUUUGGCUUUGGCCUGCUUUUUAUCCUCUACCAUCGCCAGAGCAUCGACCGCCUGCACGCCAUUGUCACGCUGGCUGUAAUGUGUGUUGCGGGCCUGUUCUUCAUCCCUGUUGCUGGUCUUACUGGUUUCCACAUAGUGCUUGUGGCUAGAGGAAGGACUACCAAUGAACAGGUAACAGGGAAGUUCAGAGGAGGUGUUAACCCUUUCACCAACGGCUGCUGGAAGAAUGUCUCCCACGUCCUCUGCAGCUCACAAGCACCCAGGUAUCUGGGCAGAAAGAAGUGUGUGCAGAGUGUGUGCGUGCAGCCUCCUUUUCUGCGGCCACAGCUGACAGAGGCCCAGCUGGCUGCAAAGAUCCUGGACAAUGGCAUACAGGGAGACCUGCACCGGUCCAAGUCCAGUCUGGAGAUGAUGGAGAGCCAGUCAUGUGACGCUGAGCCUCCUCCUCCUCCUAAACCAGAGCUCCGCUACCCUGGGAUCACCAGAGGAAACACAGAGGAGUGCAGUCUACUGAACAAAGCCCCUCCCACCCCCACCAUGUACAAAUACAGGCCCACCUACAGCCCCGGCAAGAACCACACAGCGCUCACACAUGCAUACGCCAACCAGUUAAGUCGAGGGGAGAGUGUUGGCAGUGCCAGGGACUCCUCCUCCUCCACCUCCUCCCUCCUUCAGGCCAGCCAGCAGCCUGGUUUCCGCUCCCAGCCCAGCCUGGACCGGAGGGACACUUCGUCUGACAGAGUGGGAGGGGGAGAAGGUGGGGAGAGGAGAGAGGGAGGAAGAGAGGCGGGGGGAGGGGGCAUCCCUGGCUACUCCCUCGGCGGACGCUCGUACCCCUCCUUCUCCGACCCUACGGUUCUGUCGGGAGUGGCUUCACGAUCUUCCAGCUCCACGCACACCUCAGCAGGCGCCGUCCACGUCUCCGAGGCAACCACCACCUCAGCCAGCUUCAAGAGCUUAGCCAAUCAGACACCCCCGCCUCACCACCCGUCCCGCAACGGGAGCCUGUCGUAUGACAGCUUACUAGCAGGUGGUGACGAGUUCGACAAAGGGGUGGUAGCGAGUUCAGCAGCCCCUGAGGUUUCCUCCGCGAGACCCUGCACGCCAGCAGCGGGCGGCUACAACUCCCCGUUCCUGUCGUCACAACAGAGAGAUGCUGAGAUUCACUCCCAGUCCUCCCAGUCCCCCCAUCACUACCACCGCACCUCCCACCACCACCACCACCACUCCUUCCUCCAUCGCUCCUCCUCCUCCACGUCCUCUUCCCCACCGCCUCCUCCAGAGAGGGAGCGCCUGUUGGGCGAGCCCCACACCGGUGCUCACCCACUGCCUGCUAACCAGGCCUCGGCUCCCCCUCCCUCCUCCUCUGCCCCGCCUCCCCCACACCAUCAUCACCACCACCAUCACCACCACCACCACGCCCAUCAUCACCACCACCAUUCCUCCUCCUCUUCCUCUACCUCCCGCCCUCCCCGCUUCUCUGCCCCUCACACACAACCCCACCACGCUUAUCCCUACCGCACCCGCUCCACUGACACCCCUCUGGGAUCCUCCACCACUUCCACAACCCACCCUCCCCGCUCCCCGCACCCACCACCUCUGGGCAAGUCACUCUCUUACUCAAGUGCAGCCGCCGCUGAAAUGCAGUACCGGCUGGUCCGAAAGGCUUCUGCGUCAGCUGGAGCAAAUGCGGCGGGGGUAGGAGGAGGAGGAAGUGGAGGGAUGGGAGGAGGAGGAGGAAUACAAGCGCCGAAGGAUGAGCUGAUCCAGAUGAAACCUCUGAGUCGGACCAACGGCGGCCAGCCCUUCUCCUCCACCUCCUCCUGCUCCGCCCCUUCCUCUCCCUCUCACCCAGUCAGCGUGUCUGCCCGGCCCGGAGUGGCCUAUCCCAGCUCGGCAUUGGUGCAGAGUCCCGCCCACAAGCCUCAGGGUGGCGGGGUGAAGAAGGUGACGGGUGUCGGGGGCACCACCUAUGAGAUUUCUGUCUGACUGGCAGCCAGCCUCCCGCUUGAGGACCAGUGACAAGAAGAGGAGGUAUUACCGUCUCCUCCUGCCUUUGAGGGAGAGAUCUUGGUUUUUGUAACACAACAAGCCACUGACAGACUGUCGACCAGGACAUCUGAGGAUGAAUUGAACCAUUUUGUCCAGAUCUCACUCCUCGCUGGCUGAUUGAUGGUGGAGCUAACAGUCCUGCCUCCAGACAUCCGACUCAGUAACUCUGCUGGUAAAAUGAGAGGAAAACCUGCACUGAUGUAAGCCAGGACUUUCUGGCACUGAGCUAUACAAGACUAUUCUUUGGGAUCUCACUGGACCAAACAAGAAUGACGGUUUGGCUCGUUUUUUGUGGGUUUCAUCCUCACUGUAGCUCAGAAGGUAGCAGGAGGCACUGGUGUGGUCAGGUCUGGGUGUCACAUUAUAAAAGUAUAGCAGCGCAAGGCAUCACCACUGCCAGGGUGAGGAGUUUGAUCCACACUGGGGUCACCGGUGAGCUCUGGAUUUGGGAAUUUGAAAACUAUGUGUAUGACAGUCGGAAUCAGCACUUUUGCACUGAAGCUGCAUUUAGGUAAAAAGUGGUGCAUAUGCGUAAUAUUUCACCAUUUUUAAGCUCACAUUUAGAUCAUUGAACACAAAACCCUAAGGUGAUUAUGGUAUAAUAAAGAACACGUUUAUGCACAGUCUGUGGAACCCGAUCAAAAUCAAGGUAGAAUCCAUUCAAAGUUAAGGGCUUCCCAUAGACAACAACUUAAGUAUAAACUAAAUAAGUAAUCAGCCAUAUAAGAUGAAGUCAUAGCUUGUUCUUAAAGGAAUACUUCACCACAAAUUGACCAUUUGUAUAACAAUUACUCACUGCGUGUUAAGUUGAAUUUAUGGAGAAACCUUUUUCUCAUAAGCCUCUACGACAACAAAUAAAUUCUUCAUGAAUUGUUAACAGGGAUUGUGUUUAGAACAGCAAAACUAUAUUAAAGCGUCUGUUUCCAAACUCUUACAUAAGUCAAGCAGUAUAUUUUAAGUCUCAUAUGUCCAGUAGUAUGCUCUGUACUUCCCAAAACACGAGCAGUUUCGCUAAAACAUGUCAGUUUAAAGGGCGUCUGGGCAAACAGUCUCAUGCUCAGCUGAGUAGUGUACCUAUGCACAUGUGCAUUUGAACUCCGCUCAAGUGGAGCUCAUGCACAUGCAUGUGCUCAGGGUGCACUACUUGCAGACAGAAUUAGGGUUGCUCUCUAAAAGUCGAAGAUUCGAAACAUCAGAUGGCAACCCCUGAGUCAAAUGAGAUUUCUUUUUCAAGAUUUGUAUUUAUUUAUUAAUUUAUUUUGAUGGGUAGUGUGCAGUUUAAUUCUGGUGACGUUUCGGUCUGCAGGUGUAGCUGCAGGGUGAUGCAGGCAGCUGCAGACCCAGGGUGAGUCUGACAUGGAGGCUUUGCCUGGUCAGACUCAGAGAUAACGUUAUCUUCUGCCUCCUGCUUAGAAGUGAUCUCUAUAGUGUUGGCAGCAAAUGUUGUUACACAUUUCAGAUUUGUUGAUAGCGUACUUAGCACGCAGUAGUUUUCAGGGCUAACUUGGCUUGUUUAUUAUAUUAUGUGAUCUUCGCUGUCACCCUGAACAACCAGCGACCCUUGUUCAAUCUCUCAAACUUCGUAUGGAAAAAAAAGAACAAAUAGUUGAACAUUCCUAUUUGAAUUUUUGAUUUUGAUUUGAUUUAUUUCCAAUGUGUAAAAAAAGAAAAGACAAAUGAUUUUGCAAACAAUCAGACAGGCAAAAAGGUAAUGAAAUAAAAAAUAUUAAGCAAAAAUACAAUGAAAAACAUUAAGCAAAAUAAACGGUCAACCACAUUAUGAUUUGGUUUACACAUGCGAAAAGGUGUGAGAAGAACUACAAACUUAUUUAAUCACACCCCUUUUCGAUAAUAAAUACAUUUUUUCGAUAAUCAAUAAACAUAUAUUCAAGAUUCAUUUUAUGUUAUUUCACUGAGUAUUCACAUACACAGAAUGAAACGAAAUGUUGUUUCUCACCAGCUCAUUCCAGUGCAUUUGAGUUCUGUGCAUUUAAAAAGGCAGUUAUAAAUAUACUAAAAACAACUAUAAAGCAAAACACCCACAAACCCAAAAUCAAAUAUCUACAACUUUUCAUUACUAUUUACAGAAAAAAGCUAGGAAACUAGGAAAUUUCACUGCCAGCCAAAUUCAAUCUGACUGACAUUAUUUCGUGUUGAUAUGACCCUAGACAGAAGUGUUUUACAUUGUAGUGUUUAAGCAAAAAUGCAUGUGUUUGGGUAGCACUGAGAAUACGAUUGGAUAAAUGAGACUUGGAUUAUCUUG